AUGGACACCAUAUUCGUUAAACAAGUUAAAGAGGGUGGACCUGCUUUUGAAGCUGGACUGUGCACAGGUGACAGAAUUAUAAAAGUCAAUGGAGAAAGUGUUAUUGGGAAGACAUAUUCUCAAGUCAUUGCUUUAAUACAGAACAGUGACAGCAUAUUGGAGCUUAGUGUUAUGCCAAAAGAUGAGGACAUCCUUCAAUUGGCGUAUUCCCAAGAUGCCUACCUGAAAGGCAACGAAGCCUACAGUGGUAAUGCCCAUAAUAUACCUGAACCACCACCAAUAUGUUAUCCACGCCUGACAUCCACAGCUUCUGUUAUGGCACAAGCUGGUGACAAGCUAUCUUCUGACUUCUCGCUGGGGAAACAGCAAGUCAGUAGACCAGUACGGGCAUUGACACAGCCAGAGAGGGCCUACAGAAUGGAAAUACAAGUGCCUCCAUCACCAACAGACAUUGCAAAAUCAAAUACAGCUGUGUGUGUUUGCAAUGAAACUGUAAGGACUGUUAUUGUGCCUUCUGAGAAGGCUGUAGAUUUGCCAUCUUGCAGAAAUAAUCAUGUCGGUCCAUCACACAGGACAGAGGAAGUAAGGUAUGGCUUAAAAGAGCAAACCAGUCUAAAAGCACGGACCACGUCACCGUCUUCUUCGGUGUCCACUGCCAUUGUACUUCCCCAGACUCCAAUAACAAGGCCAGUUGAUCCAGCUGGAACACUAAGUAAAGCUUCAAAUUAUGUAGUAUGUCCAGAAGGAAUCCCAAGCACUAGACCUGCUCAAGCCACAGACUCGCCCUCAGUCUCUACUAAUCAUUACAGUUCUCCAACAUCCCACCAGCAUAUAGACUGGAAGACCUAUAAAACUUACAAAGAGUACAUUGAUAAUAGACGCAUGCACAUGUAUGGCUCCCGAACAAUACAGGAAAGGUUAGAUAGUUUAAGAGCAGCUUCUCAGAAUACAACUGAUUAUAAUCAAGUGGUGCCAAAUCGCACUGCUUCACAGGUACGGCGCAGGAGCACCUCUCAUGACAGGGUUCCACAGUCUGUUCAGAUCCGACAGAGAAGCGUAUCCCAGGAAAGACUUGAAGAUCCCGUGUUGAUGAAAGAGUGGCCACGAAGUGCUUCACAAGAUACUCUAACUUCACCUUCAGUUAAUGCUAGGAGUCACAGGGCUCGGUCAUGGGAUUAUCUCAGCAAACAGGGUGAAGUGCUAGAAAAUUUUCAUUCUGAGAAUCUGAUUGCAGAUACUAAUGGAGAUAGGAGAAAAACUUACAAGUGGACAGGGUUUACUGAACAAGAUGAUCGGCGAGGUAUUUAUGAGAGAUCCAGACAGCAUGCAUUUCAUAUGUCCCUUCGAGGUCAAAAUUUUUCUAUGGCUCCGAGUGCUUGUAUUUCAGACAACAGGAGAACAGGUAGUAGAGCUUCUCUGCCUGGUUCUCAUUUUCAGAAAGUUCCACCAGAUAUAAAAAUGUUACAGCCUUCCCGAGAUUUGCAAACUCCUGGGGGAGUUUCAAAACCUACAACUGUUUCACAAGAGAGAUUGUCUCUCACACCAGCCAGAAGUUCUAAAAGUAGCUCUUUGAAGAACUCUGUUCCCUAUGCAGCAAAACCAUCGUUUGCCCUUAACCAGGGCCUGGAUGCUGUUGCCAGCAAAGACCAAAGAACAGUAAAUCACUUGCAUCAGAGUGGUCUGUUAAACCAACAGUCAAGGAUCCGAGCAGAAGGUGCCCCAGAUCACAAAACAGAAACUGGCAAAACCAUCCAAACCUCCUCUCUGUCUCCAGCUUCCCCCAAACUUGUUCAGCCAACAAGUGAGAGUUCAACUACCUCUGACAACGUAGAUGGUUCCAUCAGACAAAAGAUUCAUGAUUUCGAAAGGGAAGAUGUCCAUGAGUCUGAAACUCUGCAAACGGAUGUUCAGGAAAAUGACAAAGACACAGUGGUCAUGCGGGACAAAUCACCCUCUGGCCACCAAACUCCACAGCCUUUGAGGCAUCAGUCCUACAUUCUUGCUGUAAAUGACCAAGAGGCAACCUCGGACACUACCUGUUGGUUACCUAAUGAUGCUCGGAGAGAAGUCCACAUAAAAAGAAUAGAAGAAAGGAAAGCAUCAGGUUCCAGCCCACCUGGUGACUCCUUGGCUUCUAUUCCAUUUAUUGAUGAACCAACUAGUCCUAGUAUUCCUGCUUCUGCUGUUAUUUCCGCAUCUGCUUCUCAAGCACCGGCUAUAACAACUGUUCCUCCCAGUCCCACAUCUCCAAUCCCUUUAAUUCGGCGGCAGCUUUCACAUGAUCAUGAAUCCAUCCGGCCUAGUGUCCUGGAUAGCCAGCCUGCUGCAAAAACUGAGAGAUCAAAAUCAUAUGAUGAAGGACUGGAUGACUACAGAGAAGAGGGAAAAUCAUCCAUUAAGCAUGUAUCUAGUUUAAAGGGGAUUAAGGUCCCAGACAGCCAGAAAUCUUCAGAAGACUCUGGUUCCCGAAAAGAUUCUUCUUCAGAGGUCUUUGGUGAUGCCUCCAAGGAAGGAUGGCUCCAUUUUCGUCAGCUUGUUACAGACAAGGGAAAGCGAGUUGGUGGGAGUAUUCGGCCAUGGAAGCAAUUGUAUGUUGUUCUUCGAGGUCAUUCACUUUAUUUGUACAAGGAUAAAAAGGAACAAGUGACCCCCUCUGAAGAAGAACAACCUAUAAGCAUCAAUGCUUGUUUGAUAGACAUCUCAUACUGUGAAACUAAAAGGAAGAACGUAUUUAGACUCACCACAUCAGACUGCGAGUAUCUGUUUCAAGCUGAGGACAGAGAUAAUAUGUUAGCAUGGAUUAAAGCAAUACAAGACAACAGCAACUUAAAUGAUGAGGAUACUGGUGUCACUAGUAGAGAUCUGAUUAGCCGAAGGAUUAAAGAAUACAGUACAAUGAUGAGUUCUUCAAGCAGCAAAACAGAACCAUCUCCCAAAACACCUCGCCAGAGUCUAAGUAUCAGACAGACUCUGCUUGGAACUAAAGCAGAACAGAGGACCCAGAGUCCACAUUCUCCUAAGGACGAGUCUGAAAGGAAGCUUCUCACUAAAGAAAAAGAUGAGACAAGCCCACCAAAAGACAAGGGGACGUGGAGAAAAGGCAUUCCAAGCAUUAUGAGGAAGACAUUUGAAAAGAAGCCAUCUGCUGUAGGAACAUUUGGUGUUAGACUAGAUGACUGCCCCCCAGCUCAUACCAACAAAUAUAUUCCACUGAUUGUUGAUAUAUGCUGCAAACUGGUUGAAGAAAGAGGUCUUGAGUACACAGGUAUUUACAGAGUUCCUGGAAAUAAUGCUGCCAUCUCAAGUAUGCAAGAAGAGCUCAACAAAGGAAUGACUGACAUUGAUGUUCAUGAUGAUAAAUGGCGAGACUUGAAUGUGAUAAGCAGUUUGCUGAAAUCCUUCUUCAGAAAGCUCCCAGAACCCCUUUUUACCAAUGACAAAUACGCAGAUUUUAUAGAUGCUAAUAGAAAAGAAGAUCCUGUUGAACGUCUGAAAACACUGAAGAGACUGAUUCAUGAUUUACCUGAACAUCAUUAUGAGACUCUCAAGUUUCUUUCUGCACACCUGAAGACAGUAGCAGAGAACUCAGAAAAGAACAAGAUGGAGCCAAGAAACCUGGCAAUAGUAUUUGGUCCAACACUCGUGAGGACAUCUGAUGAUAACAUGACACACAUGGUUACGCACAUGCCAGACCAAUAUAAAAUUGUAGAAACACUCAUCCAAAAACAUGACUGGUUUUUCACAGAAGAUGAUGCUGAAGAACCUCUUACAACAGUUCAGGAGGAAAACACUGUAGAAUCUCAGCCAGUGCCAAACAUAGAUCAUUUACUCACCAACAUUGGAAGAACGGGAGUAUCUCCUGGAGACGUAUCAGAUUCAGCUACUAGUGACUCAGCAAAAUCUAAGGGUUCUUGGGGUUCUGGAAAGGAUCAGUAUAGCAAGGAACUGCUUGUGUCCUCCAUUUUUGCAGCAGCUAGUCGCAAGCGGAAAAAAACAAAAGAGAAACCACAACCAAGCAGCUCAGAGGACGAGUUGGAUAAUGUGUUUUUCAAGAAGGAGCUUGCAGAACAAUCUCGUGGUGACACAACAAAAGAGGACAUAGCUAAAGGGGAAUAUGAAAGAGAGAGAGACAUAGGGAGAAAACAGAGGAUGUUUGUCCUGAAGGAAAAAGAGAACAGCAGUAAAAAAGAUGUGAAUGUUGUAAAGGACGAAAAGAAGGCAUUAAAGAAAGAAAAUACCCUGUCAGAGGAACCUUCACUGCCUUACCAUGACAAAUGUACAAAAUCACCGAAUCUCAGCUGUCUGCAAACCACGCAGAAGAAUAACCCAAAAAUGUCUAUUUCACAAUCUUCUUCCCAGGUUGAGGAGACAGUGUCUGACUCCGGCACUAUGCUUAGCACUUCCUCCCAGGCUUCCCAGCACAGAUACUCAUGCAAAAAAGUAGCCAGCCCUGAAAUUAAACACAAUGAGUUUUUAGCAGCUGAUGUCAGUUCCAUCACCUCAGAUUAUUCAACUACUUCAUCUACUAUAUAUUUAACUGGUUUAGAUGCCAGUAUGCUGAGCCCUGAGGUGCAGUCGGUGACAGAAAGCAAGGGAGAAGAUGCUGAUGAUGAAAGAAGUGAAUUGAUCAGUGAAGGGCGUCCUAUGGAGACGGACAGUGAAAGUGACUUCCCUGUCUUUGCCACCAGUGCUGCUGCUGAACGGCUGUCCAAGGGGAAAGUUUCAGAAGUGGUAAAGACCAGUCGGAGGAACUCUGAAGAAAGCGAAGUAAGUUGUACUGAGGGAAGUUCAACACCAAAGUUAGAGAGUCGCAGACUUUUUAGCUCACACAAACUUAUUGAAUGUGAUACACUGUCUAGGAGAAAGUCUGCACGGCACAAAACGGACAGUGAGGGUUCAGGGGAUGCAAAGAGUGAGAAGGACUUGCCUACUGUGACCAAAAUGUUUGACAUAAUGAAAAAAGGAAGAUCGACAAGCAGUUUAGCUACAUCAGCCAGAAGUGAGGCUGACAAACAAGAACCUACCUGGAGACUUAAAAUUACAGAUAGGUUAAAGCUGCGACUCAAAUCAUCUGCAGAUGACAUGUUUGGAGUUGGGAAUCAAAAAGCUAACUCUGCAGAGACUGCAAAGAGAAGAAAUAUCAGGCGAAGGCAUACUCUUGGAGGACAGAGGGAUUUCGCUGAAAUAAGUGUCCUGAAUGCUUGGAAAGCUCAAGAGCCAAGUCAAAGUAGAGAGAAAGAAUCUGAGCUUUCAGCUGUGAAUCGGUUGAAGCCAAAAUGUCCAGCACAGGACCUCUCGAUCUCAGACUGGCUUGCACGAGAACGUUUACGCACUAGCACAACUGACCUUAAUACGGGUGAAACUGGAAAGCCCAGACUUGAGAACACUAGCUUAGCAGAUAUAUCAAAGGUAGAUCUGCCUUUAUCUGCAGAGAUGCAGGCAGAUGAAGGCAGUUCUUCCAGCAGCUUGACUAUAAUUAAUAGAACACCACCUUUGGGACCAUUUCAGCCACCAGACCAGGUAAAUGGUGAAAAUUAUCAGAAUAUGAACAAAAACAACUUUAGCCCAGCAGUUGAUGCCCAUCCUCAUAAACUGUCUGGGACCCAAGUGGUUAGAUCUCGAUUCUACCAGUAUCUUUGAAAUGGGGAAAUAUGUCCACUACAGCAAUUCAUUAACUUACUGUUACACUUCCCAGUAACUGUAGUGUAUGUGUGUGUGUACAUAUAUAUAUAUAUAUUUUCCUGUACUGUUGUUGUUAUGCAGCCUUCAUUUGGGCUGGUUUCAUCAAUAUGCUCUGUGGAACGUCUUCACAGUGCAUUACCACAGCCAGAAGAACACUAAAGUUAAAGUAUAUAUAUAUAUUUUAAGAAAAAGUAUAUUUGAUGGCUGCAUACAAAUGUUGAACAAAGCAUCUGAUGCAACA